AUGGAGUUAAUUACUCAUACAAUAUGGACACAUAAAACAUGUAUUCCCUACUCGAAGCGUCAAAUCAAAACCGAUACGAUCGAGAUUGAAGCAGGCUACACUGUUAUUAGGUUAUGGUCGGCAAACGAGGAAACUGAUUACCUGAUGGAAAGCAAUCAGAAGAGUUACGAGUGCGAGAUUUUAGGAUUUUGGGAGGAGAGUAUUUUUGAAACUGAUAUUAUGCCUGGAAAUCCUAUAAUAAGACGUAUGAAGGGCUUGCCCGCCGAUCUCUUGGCAGCCGAAGGUCUGUUACACCAGGAUUGGCAUGCCAUAACUCCAUGUCAACGAGCUUGUACCUCCCGUCUGGGCAUUGCCAUCCAACGAGAACAAGAAUCCUAUAUGACCAAACACCCUGAGAUUUUGGCAUUGCUCAAAAUAUUCAUUUCGACAGUAACACAAAGAGGGAAAAGAAGGGACUUUGAGAAAGAAGCUGCAUUACAUUUUACGAGACCUAUUGAGGAAUUAGAUAAAGAGAUCAGAACGUUUCUUGAAUCACCAGAAGAAGGACCUUAUGUUAACAUGGAUGAUAGGGAGUUUUACGAAUUUGACGAUGAAGACUUCCAAACGGAUAUGAAGAAUAUAAUCUCUAAGUAUUAUCCACCACCGCCUUGGGACGUUCGCACUCCUUCCAAGAGUCCCGCGCCCACGCCGUCUUCCUCCUUCCUAUCUAUAAUAACCUCAGAAAUUACUCUUCCAACACCAGAGCCCGUUCCUACACCAGAGCCGACUACUUCUCAAAUAUUUUACCGAAUGAUCUCUAAUACUGUAGACAAAGCAAUAUAUUCACAAGUUGACCAGGAAGCUCUCCUCUACGAUACCGCCUAUGUGGAACUGAUGAAAGCCGUGGAAGAAGCUAUGGAGAUACCAGUGCGUGAAAUACGCGUCGAUAUUGCAGAACUUUUCCGUGAAGCUUACCAUUUGUUUGAAAUUGAUAUCAUUGAAAAGGAGAAAAUGGGAUAUGAAACGCCUCCAACUCCUACCAGCCAAAUCUCAUCGCACGAGAGCUAUAAGAGGCCUCCCCCGCGGCCUUGCGAGUGUCAACCAUUGGCCAACUACAAUCGAUAUGGAAAGGACCGUUUCGGCAUCUACCUGCCCCGGGAGAAGAAAUUUAGCACUAAAAAUAUAACUACCACACCUGCUUGUUCUUUUGCACCUGCCGAUGGAACUUCUGGCUUAGACGUUGACCUCAGAGGAGGAAGUAAGAAAAGCGUGUCUCAUAAAAGUAGCACCAAACGAGCUAAGAACGUAACCAUGUCUGAAGACGACUCGGCAAAAGCCAAAGCGAAUGAAAUAAGCAGUGAGGAAGAUGGCAAGACCAGUGCUAAAGAAGAUACAGCAUCAUCAGCCUCAGAAUCAAAGGAUAGUAACUAA